AUGAACGACCCUCACAAAACACCAGAAAAAGUAUGGACCCCUCAAAAUCCAGACCAGAUGCCCAUCUCCUCCUACCGCCGCCACAUCAACCAAAAGUUCAACGCCAACCUCAAAACAUCCGUCGAACUCCAACAAUGGAGCGUCCAGCAUCCGCAGGAAUUCUGGAUCGACCUCUACGGCUGGCUAGGCCUGAAACCGGACUUACCAGAGGGCAUGAAAAAGGCCUACGAUGACACGGUGCCGAUGUCGAGGAACCCGGAUUUUUUCCCUGGACUGAACGACUUUAAUUACGCUGAGAAUGCUCUUUUUUCGAACCCGGAUCCGGACGCUGUUGCGCUCGUUGGGAUCACAGAGGGCAUGGAUCUGGAUAAGGAGGAUGGAGAGCUCUUGACCUGGCAUCAGUUCCGGGAGAAGGUACGGCUCCUGUCGUCUGCGCUGCGGCGAUCUGGGAUUAAGAAGGGGGAUCGCGUCGCUGCGCUUGUUGCUACUGGGGUGUGGGCUAUGGUUAUCUAUCAUGCCACUGCUACGAUUGGAGCGAUCUUCACGUCCAUAUCGCCGGACCUGGGCGUGGAGGGGUGCGUGUCAAGGCUGCAGCAGGUCACGCCGAGUAUUCUGUUCGCGGACAGCGAUACGGUAUACAAGGGCAAGACGGUGAGUACUGUGGGGAAGGUGAAGGAGAUCUUGUCGAGGCUCAGUCCGAAGCCCGAGACGUAUGUUUGUCCUGUUGUGUCGGAGCAGGAGGCCUUUCCUACGGUCCAAGACUUUCUGCAAAAGGCCAACCCAGAUGAUCCGUUGAGGUUUGAAAAGGUGCCGUUCAACCACCCGCUGGUCAUUUGCUACUCGAGCGGGACGACUGGCGCGCCGAAGUGCAUCGUCCAUCACCACGGCAUCAUCAUCCAGCUCAAGAAAAUCGCCGUCGUGCACAACUCCACCACACCCAAAGAUGUCAUCCUGCAGUACUCCUCCACCUCUUGGGUCGUCUUCAACGUGAUGUGCGGCUACUUCGCCUGCGGCGCGAAAACGAUCGUCUACAACGGCUCACCCAUGUAUCCGGACACUAAGCUGCUUCUACGGAUGAUCCAGAAAUACCGCGUGACGUACUUUGGCACGAGUCCGCGGUAUCUGCUGGAAGUGGAGAUGAGCAAGGCGGUGCCGAAGGAUGAGUUUGACCUCAACAGCUUACGGAUUGUGUACACCACUGGCGCGACGCUGUCGGCGGAGCAGUAUAAGUGGUUUUACAGGUCUAUGCCGCAGCAUAUCCAUCUUUGCAAUACGGCUGGUGGAACUGAUACCUGUACUUCUUUGAUCGCUGCGGACUCGACGGCGCCCAUACAUGCAGGCGAGAUGCAACUGUUCGGUCUCGGCAUGGACGUCGAUAUCGCAGACCCGAACACUGGUGACAGCAUACUAGGUAGUGGUGAAGCCGGCGAGAUGAUCGUGCGGAAGCCAUUCCCGAGCAUGCCCUGCUUCUUCUGGGGCGAUGAAGGGAACAAGCGGUAUCUGGAGAGCUACUUUGAGCGAUUCGACAACAUCGAUGUGUGGGCGCAGCAUGAUUGGCUGAGUCGAAACCCGAAGACUGGAGGUUUGAUCAUGCACGGAAGAAGUGAUGGCGUAUUGAACCCAUCAGGCAUUCGUUUUGGAUCCGGCGAAAUCUACGCUAUUGUCGAAGCCGCUCCCUUCAACACGCAAAUCUCCAACUCCCUCUGCGUCGGCCGCCGACGACCCCAAGACACCGACGAGCAGGUCUUCCUCUUCCUCGUCAUGAUACCCGGCCGCAGCCUCACACCAGACUUACGGAACAAGAUCAAAGCUGCCAUCAGAGGCGCAUUGAGCUCGAGACACGUGCCAAAAUUCGUACUAGAAGUGCCGGACAUUCCUACGACGAUUAAUGGGAAGAAAGUCGAGACGCCGGUGAAGCAGUUGAUGGGUGGGAAGGAGGUGAAGGCGAGCGCGACGGUGUUGAAUCCGGAGGCGUUGGAGUAUUUCAGGCGCUUUAGGGAGGUGGAGAGUGAGCCGAGGGAGGCGAGGCUGUAG